AUGGACGCGUCACCGCAGACUCUCACGAGCACGUUGAUACUUGCCCUACACCAGAGCGAGUUGCUUUUGCGUCAGCUGGACGAGAGCAACAAGACUAUAGAGAGACUCGGAUCGGAGAAUGAGAGAAUCAAGCUCGAACUGGACCAGCUCCGGAGCCAGAAGAGCGGCAGUUCCAACAAUUCACCAGACCAGCAGCUGAUGGACGAAAAUGAGCAACUCAAAAAAGACCUUUCUGAUCUCCGAAACGCACAGCACAAUGUUCCCGUGCCGUGUACUCGCCUUGACGAGGCCCUGGCUCAAGAAACCGAGCAACUCAAGGAGGAAGUGCAAGAGUCACGACGAAAACUGGAACAGUUCUCCGACAUGACGGCCCAAUUCGAACAGUUGUUCCGCAAGGACGUCGAAAGGCAAGCCGAGAUAGAUCAACUAAAAUCCAAACUCCGUGUCCUCCAAGCGAAGGAACGUAAAUGGCGCCUCUCCAACACCAGCGUUUCUUCCCCGAUCAUCUCGUCCGACGAGGCCGACGCCAAUGCCAAUACGACGAGUCCCGGCACCACGAAACGAAAACGGCCGCGCAGUCGAAGUCCAGAAGUCCUCAAAGAGAUCACAGGCAACGUCCCAACCGGGAGCUCGGCCAAGAUCUCCACGUCCACUACGAGGCCCAAGUUCAAAAGGCACAGCGACCAAGGAGUGGACGCGAUUCCCGCCGUGGCCGAGGAUGGCGAGGACUACCGCAACAAGCAACAGUCCGAUGGUGGCCAAGGCCAAAGGGAGAAGCCCAAGGAAAGUACCGAAGGCAUACCCUCCAAACACCGACUGAAAGCACUCCUCACGACUCCGGCCGCGAACCCAUCGCUGCUCCUAUUGCGGCCCGAGGGAGCAAGUACAAGUGCAUCCAACAAAUCACGAGGGACGCCAUCUGCAGAGCAUCACCAACAGCAACCCAAGUCCCACGGAUCUACGCCGUUCGAAGAAGCCACCGCGACCGCCACCACACCCACGCCGACGACGCCGACGCUGACACCCUCCAAACCCGCUGCCACUACAACAACAACAACAGCAGCAGCAGCAGCAGCAACGAUGGCGACGACGACGCUAGCCAACGCGAGCAAACCCACCGCCAGCACCAGCAGCAGUAGUAGUACCGCGACCACCACGUCGGUCCGCAAACCACCGUUCCUCCCGCCGAAAUCGUCGCGGCACGUUCUGGGGCCCGAAGACGACGAACCCUUCCGCUCGCGGCCCCUCGGCCGCCUCAACCUAACGCACUUCAAGAUCAACACGGCGUACACGGGCGGCGUGGACUACGCGUACGACGAGGUCGUGCGCGGCCACGCCCGCAGGUGCCUCCCGGGCUGCACGCGCCCGGAGUGCUGCGGCCACAAGUUCCGGGUGCUGGCCGACACGCUGCCCGCGGCGGCCGACGAGCUCUCGGACGACGCGCUGCUUCUGGACUUCCUCGGCCCGGGCUCCGAGGCGAGGAUCGCGGACCUGACGGCCAUCGCGCGCGCGAAUCUCCUCCACGAGGCCCGCGCCAAGAGACUCGCGAACCUGUACGGCCGCGCCCACCGCGAGACCUUUGAGCGCGCCCGGUCCCCGCCGGGCUUCUGGAACACCGAGUUCCCUUCGACCCAGGAGGACAAGGAGAACCGCGAACAGUCCAGGCAGCGGGAACGCGAAGAGGUCGAGAGGCGGUACCACGACGCCAAAAGGGGCGGCGGCCGCUGGCUGUUCGCCGAUGAAUAG